AUGGAAGAGUUGAGGAGUCUAAAAUCCCCUUCAGAGAUCGAUGUUCCUGUGUGUGUUUUUCAGUCUCAGCAGAAGUGCAUUGUGGUCUUUGCUCUGGUGUGCUGCUUCGCCGUGCUGGUGGCCCUCAUUUUUUCAGCCGUGGACAUCUGGGGAGAAGACGAGGACGGAAUCACAGAGGAGAACUGUGAGAGCAGCUGUCGAGCUGUACUGGUAGAAAAUAUUCCAGAAGAUGUACCAUAUUCUGACAACAGAUCGUCCUACCUGCCACUCACACAGGGGCUGUACAGUCUCUUGGACCAGGCCGUGAGAGUGGUGGAGAUUGUCUCCCCGCGGUGGCUCCUAAACUCCUCGGAUUAUGAGUCCAGCUUUCAGCCAGCUGCCAGACAGGGCAGGGCUCUGUUGUCCAGACUUCAGGGACUCAAAACCAGAGGAAUCCAGCUGAGGAUCUCCAGUGGGACGAUUGACUCGAGUGAGCUGAUGGCUCUGGGCAGACAUUAUGCUGAGGUCCACUAUUUGAAUAUGACAGCACUCACCAAAGGUCACCUCCUCUCGUCCUUCUGGGUCAUCGACAACAAGCACUUCUACUUUGGCAGCGCAAGCAUGGACUGGAGAUCACUGGCCACGAGAAAAGAGCUGGGUGUUGUGGUGUACAACUGCAGCUGCCUGGCCUUGGACCUCCACAAAGUGUUCAGCCUGUACUGGGGACUUCAGUACAAAGACUUCAUCCCUACUUUCUGGUCCAAGCGACUUUUUGCCCUUUUCAACAGGGACCAGCCGCUGGAGCUGACACUGAACAGCACCAAGGCUCAGGCCUAUGUCUCUACUUCUCCUGAUGUGUUGAUCCCCAAAGAUCGCAGUAGUGACUUAGAAGCCAUCAGCAGAGUCAUUUUGAACGCCCGGCGGUUCAUAUACAUUUCCAUCCCUGAUUAUCUCCCUCUUUUUGGCAUGAAUAGCAAAAGGUACUGGUCCCGUAUUGAUGGCUUCAUUCGUGAGGCUUUGCUCUUGAGAAAAGUCCAUGUCCGUCUGUUGAUAAGCUGUUGGGAAAAUACAAAUCCUCUCACGUUCAACUUCCUCUGGUCUCUGAAGAGCUUGUGUAUGGAGCAAGUCAACUGCUCUCUUGAGGCUAAGUUCUUCAGGCCUCGAGUGUUGAGGGAUGGUAACGUGCAAGGCAUUAAUCACAACAGAUUUAUGGUGACCGACGGAGCAAUUUAUUUAGGUAAUCUUGACUGGGUGGGUAAUGAGUUUUCCCACAAUGCCGGAGCUGGUUUAGUUAUCAGUCAGUCAGGCGAUGAAGAUGACGGCACAAAUAGAGGCCCCACACUGACACUACACACUCUACAGACAAAUGAUGGACUAAAUCGGCUGCGAGGAAACUCCUGCGACGAGUCUCAGCAAGAUGAGGGCUCGAACAGCAGUGGACACGACGGAUUGAAAAAGCUCCGUGAGCCUUGUUGUCCAACAGCAGCCAUCAUGGCUGAGGAUGACAGCGAGUGGGUUUUGGAGAGCAUCGUUGGUUACCUGGGGAGCCCCGAGUGGGUCAUUCCUGUCACUGACUUUAUGGAAAACAAAUGCACAGUUUUUGACGGUGAAGAAGAAAAUAAAUUGGCAUACACUGAAAUCCACCAACAAUAUAAAAAACUUGUGGAAAGGCUAUUGGAAAAUUACAUGCAGGAAGUUGGCAUUAAUGAACAGCAGUUUCUGGAUGCAUGCACCUCCCCCUUUGCCAAGUCAAAAACUUUGCAGAUAGUGUUCCAACCUGUUUUGGCUACUGAUGACUUCCAGAUAUUUCGAUCAUUAAUGGUACAGAAAAACAUGGAGCUUCAGCUUCAAGCUCUGAGAGUCAUGAAGGAGCGAAAUGGGGAGCUUCCAGAGUGUCUGAUGCAUGGAGCAGAUGUGAUGACGGAACUGCAGCAACAGGAGAUGAAGAUUCUCCACCAGGUUCUACAAAAGUCAAAGGAAGAGUAUGAAGAGGAGAUGUCUAUCAGGAUGCUGUUAGAUGAAGAGUCCACAUCCAGCAGUAGCUCAGAGAAACCUCUAAGAGAGAGCAGUGAAGUGCAAAUGGAAGCCUCCACCUCGAGCCAACAAGACACAGUUGCCAAGGAAAGUGCUGAGCAGACGGACAUUGGUGCUAACUGUCACUUUGACCCAGCUGUAAAUGGAAACACUGCCGCUGAAUCUGCUAUGGUCAGUAGCACAUCAGGGUCCUUUGAGGACAGCAAAACAGACAAUCAAGACAGAGAAACAGCCCAGAGGUCUUCAAAACACAUUUCAGAAUCUACCAAUGGUAUGGAUCCAAUUGUCCUUCCAGCCGUAAGAGCCCCAGUGAAGACUAGUUUGUGCCUAGCCAGCAUCAGUCCUACCUCCAAAGAGCUGGAAGAAGCAAAGUUGGAGGCUGGUAUCUCGGAACCAUAUUCAGAGCUGCCAGAGUUGGAGCAGCAGCAGCUUCUGCAAAGAGCCUCUUACCUCCGUCAGCAGAGAGACCGACUCCAUGCUUUGAAGAAGGAGCAGCAGAAAAGCAAGCACAGCAGUCCAGCAGAAGAGGCGCCAUCCAGGCCAGCACUUCCCACAGCUCCGGAGAUCUCUACCGAGGAGAAAAAGAGGCUACAGAAACGAAAACACCUUGCAGAAAAGUUGAAAGAAGAAGUAAUAAAGAAAUGA